AUGUUGAACGUGUCCGAGGGAAAGUUCGAGGAGUCGGAGGCGCGUUUUCUCUUCUGCCAGCAGUUCUUGGAGUGCGAGUCAGAAUACGGAUGGAAUAUGCGGGCACGCGCGCCCGGAAGCAUCGCCAAGAUGCUCAGUCUACUGCAGGGACGAGGCAGUCUCUCAGCCUCGUCCGGCGAGGGCAAAAAAUCUGCAUCUGCCAGUGUCCACGAGUGCGAGGAGGUUUUGCGUACGCAAUUGGCGCACGAUUCUGACGCAGUCAGGGAGGAGGCGCGUGCGCGUUUGAUCGAACAAUGCAGGGAAGUCGCCAACCGCAAAC